CAACCUCUCCGUCUCAGCUUAACUAUCCCUCACGAUCUUCGCCCUGCAGCUCUGAACGAUGAUGUCGCAGCCUCAAUAGAUUACGGUUCCCUGUCUUCCACCUUGCUCAAAUCGCUGGAGGUGCCACAUCUCGUAUCUGGAUUUGCUUCCCUCGAGACCGUAUUGGACCAUGUUUUCGCCACAUGUUUUAAUGCAUUCGACACGAUCCAGGAGAUGAAGGUCAGCUUGGUCAAACCCAGGGCAUCACCAUACGCGGAGGGCUUUGGCAUCCAAUCCACAAGGCGGCGCAAUGGGACUAGGGUUGGUCGGGAUGUCUGGACAAUCGAAGAACUCAAGUGUAACACCAUCGUGGGACUGAAUGCUUGUGAGAGGGAGGACAAGCAAGUCGUACAUUUCAACAUCGACCUGUCGAAGUCCCACGAUGAAAUUGUUGGACCAUUCAACUUUCGCACUCUGGGCAAGCAGCUUCGUGAGGCCGUGGAAGACUCUUCUUUUGUCUCUAUCGAGUCGCUGGCUUCUCUUGUAGCCCUCACCGCACUGCGAUACACUGGCCGACGUAGUGAUAUUGUUACAGUUCGCGCGGCCAAACCGAAAGCCCUCGUAUUCGCAGAAGCCGCAGAGGUGGAAAUUAUCCGUACGCUUCGUGACUACGAUACCGACUCAGCACCUGGAGUUUCCGCGAAUUCUGCUUCUGGCCCAAUAGAGUCUCCGCUGGGCCUCGCCAAGCUUAUCGCUCAGAGGUUAAAAUCAUCGCCGUCAAUUCAAAAGGGAGACCUGCAUACCGCUGCUAUCGCACUAGGCUCGAAUUUGGGAGACAGCUUCGCGAACAUCGAGCUUGCACUACGGUUGUUGGAGGAUCCCUCGCGGUCGUCCCUAGCUGGACUCCCCACCGGUGCUGAGGUUGCAGUAGUCAACACAAGUUUCCUAUACGAGACUGCACCGAUGUAUGUGACGGACCAGCCAAAAUUCAUCAACGGUGCCUGUAUCGUCGAGACAGACUUAGAGCCCGUCCAGCUGCUCAAACUCGUCAAGCAUGUCGAAGACGCCGUCGGACGAGUAAAAACCAUACGCAAUGGCCCUCGGGCAGUCGACCUUGACAUCCUGACCUACGACGAUCUCGUAUUUGACACUCGCCCGGAGCAUGGUCGUGCUUCUCUUGAUAAUCUCGAAGGACAGCUCGUCGUUCCACAUCCACGAAUGUAUGAGCGUGAGUUUGCCCUCAGACCACUCAGCGAUAUGAUCCCGGACUACAUCCACCCUGUGUUCAAGAAAACCAUCCAUCAGAUGCUCAACGAUGUCCUCGCCACCAACCCUCCCGACGCCUGGCCAAUGAACAAAGUCAUUCCUUUCCCUCGCUAUCCACUCUCAUCCCCUACUUCCAUAACCUCCACAGCCUCUCUUCCCCUCGUCCCACCGACAGUGAAGAGUUGGUCCUUCCCAGCCUCUUCAAUCCCGGGCGUCCCGGAUCCCCACAAGAAAACCCGUAUCAUGGCGACUCUCAACGCCACACCCGAUUCUUUCUCCGAUGGCUCGACCCACAACACCAUAUCCACUGGUCUUUCAUAUGCUUCUUCCUCCUUGAAGGCUGGAGCACAGAUCAUCGACGUGGGAGGGUACUCUACACGACCUGGGGCAGACUAUGUGUCGCCCGAGGAGGAAAUCAACAGAGUCGUGCCCAUGAUACAGGCUAUACGAACGUACGCUUCGGAGGAGGGCAAGGAUAGGGAAGCAAAACCUCAAUUGAAGGACAUGCUGAUCAGUGUCGAUACCUUCCGUCCGGACGUCGCUCGAGCCGCUGUACUUGCCGGCUCAAACUGCAUCAACGACGUCUACGCUUUCACCGGUCCUUCCUAUCCUCUCACAUCCGACUCAGCCUCCCACCUCCUUGAGAUGCGUUCUGUUGCCCGGGAACUUUCUGUCCCGGUCAUCCUCAUGCACUCCCGCGGCGACGCCGGACAGAACAAGGACUAUUCUGCGUACGAGUACGCAGGCAAGGAUGCGGUCUUGGAAGGCGUUAUUCUCGAACUAGGCGAGAAAGUGGAGGCCAUCGUUCGAGGGAAGGGUGGCAUCCGGAGAUGGCUAGUGAUGGUCGACCCUGGGGUCGGUUUCAGCAAGUCCGUUCAGGGUAAUCUGGACAUUCUGCGGGACGCUGCGAAGAUUACAGCCCCGACGAUACCAUCUUCGAGCCCAUUAAGGAACCCUCUCAAAGGCUAUCCCCAGUUGAUUGGCACGUCGCGCAAGUCUUUCUUGGGCAAGAUUCUGGAAGAGGGUGAUGUGGAGGAUGGAGGAAGUUAUGAGGGCAGGGAAGUCCAGCCGAUGGAGAGGGGAUGGGCGACGGCUGCUGGUGUGGCGUGUGCGGUUCAGCAAGGGGCUACGGUGGUCAGGGUGCACGAUACACUGGAGAUGGGAGAUGUGACGAGGAUGGCGAAUAUGUUGUGGGGGUAAAUGCGAGUAAAGAGCGAUGCACAGAAAUAUCGCGGCGCCGAGGUGACUUUAUACUGUAGCUUUGUAGCUUUGUAUAUUCAGCUUCAACACCAGCGUAGCUUUACC